CUCUUUCUCUCUGUUUUCAUAUCAUAAUUUUUCUUUCUCAGAACGAGAAAAGGAAGGGAAAAUUCAUCAAAUUCGCUGAUUUCCCCCUUCCCUCUUUCAUUUUCCUUCUCCUUCCGUCGUGAGAGGAGCAGAUGCAAUUUGGAGGUUGAGUCGGGAAGAAUUAGAUUUAUAUCGAAGUUUCGCGAUGUGGGUACUGUUGAAUCAGAUCGAGAAGUUGUUUUUCCUUCGCAUCGAGGCUGAUAGUUGCUGAAACUGUCCAAUUCUCGACAGGAAAGAAGGACAAGAGUCACUUGAAUCUUCGAUUUUUUUUUCUUCUGGGAAAAGAAAUGGAGAGGUGCUCAAGGUCAAGGGAUCUGCUGCAGAAGUUCACGUGUUCAAGUAGUGGCGUGCACCGACCAGAGUACAGGACACCCAACGAAGAAACGGAGGAGCUCGAGCUGAAUCUCGGGCUGUCUCUUGGAGGCAAGUUCGGCGUCGACAAGAGCUCCAGCAAGUUGUUCCGGUCGUCGUCGUUAGCUGGGGCAAUGACCCUUUUGGGCGAAGAGGACAACCCCACGACCUUGCCUUCUGUGCCGUACCCGUCUCUCAUGAGGACCUCCUCAUUGCCCACGGAGACAGAGGAGGAGUGGAGGAAGAGGAAGGAAAUGCAGACGCUGCGGCGGAUGGAGGCGAAGAGGAGGCGGUUGGAGAGGCAGAGGAGCUUGAGGACCGACAGGGAAGGUGGCUGUGACGAAGAGAGGCCCGAAAUCGAGGGGAAAUUGGGGUUGACUUCGAGGGAUAAGCAUCAGUUUUUGGUGGCUAAUGGGGUGUGCCAUGUACGAGAAAUCAAAUCGUACACAAGUGACGGAAUCCUCCAACGCCCUGAAAAUGCCAUGAGGUGUUACAACAGUGAGGUGCCGCCUUUUGGGCUGGCCGGUUGGGCCGAAGCAGCCAAACAGGCCCUAAUUUUUGCCGGGGUUGAUGUGGGGAUCAAAGGGAAGUGCGGGGCAUCCGCCGGCGGCGGUGGAGGUGGCAGCGGAUCGGCAGUUUCAGGGGUGGAGGCACAAGGAAAGAUCUCAUUAGAUAGGUCAGAAUCAGAUAUUAGAACUGCUUUUAUUCAAGGUUCGAGCAGUUGCAGGGACGACAACGGCUCCGUCGUUAACCAGCACCUGCAAGAACCAAACAAUAAACUGGUGCGUACACUCACGUCUAUGGUGGAUGAGAAUCUGAGCGAUACUCUAAUGAGAGCAGAGAGACAGAGUCCGACUAAGAAAUCCAAUUCGGUGAAUAAUGCUGGAAAAGAUUUCGUGGCGAACGCAACAGUUGACAUGCCCUGGGUUUUCACGCGCGGCGACAGUCCAGACGGGAAGAGAAUAGAAGGCAUACUGUAUAAGUACGGGAAGGGAGAGGAAGUCCGGAUAGUGUGUGUGUGCCAUGGGAAUUUCCUCUCACCCGCGGAGUUUGUCAAGCACGCCGGCGGAGGUGAUGUCGCUAACCCUCGAAGGCACAUAUUUAUCAGCACAAACCCUGUUUUUUCUCAGUGAUAGUAUUAGUAGCUCUGUCGCCCCCGGAAGAUGUAGCGGGGACAGACCUGGAAGGGAUAGAGGUUUGUCAGAAAUUUUCUUGUUUUCUCUCUGGGAUCUUUUGAAUUCUUAGAUUGGCUUUCCCAUUCUUCAUCUAAAUAGAUCAAUACAAGUCUGCGAUGCCCUCUUUCCCUGGA